CUUUGUAUCGGAUCUUGAAGAGGAAGCGGAGUACGCACGUAGGAUCGAAGUGAGCAUCAGACGCCGCUUAAGGAGGAGAAAGAUGUCGCUUCUCAAGGCCUCAACGGUGAACUUUGAAAACGAAUGGAAAGAUAUGCAACCGCGACUGGCAUCGCUGGUCACUGGGACGCCCCAGACGCUGACGAAUGAGAAGUGGCUCAAGAUGUACUCUGGCAUCUACAAGAUCUGUACGAAUCCGGGAGCUCCACAGGCGGAGAUGCUUUUUUUUCGGCUGCGAGGGCUGUUGGUGAAGCACGUGGAGGCCAUCUUGAUGGAGCUGAACGCGAUCAACGGCGAGCCCGAGUUCCUGAACCAUUAUUGCACUUCGUUUGAGGCUUUUACCACAGGAACAAGCUAUAUUUCGGAACUCUUCCGCUACCUGAACCGCUACUGGAUCUCGUAUUCCCACUGCGAAACUGGCCAAGCUCCUGUCCCUGGAGUGUAUCCCGUCACAGAACUUUCGCUUCACAUUUGGCACGACAUCGCGUUCUCAAAGCUCAAGAAGCGUCUGGUUAAGGCGAUUAUUCACAUAUUUCAUGCAGCGCGGCGUGAUAGAAGCGAGUGCUUUGAAGAUGGAGACUGCAUUGCCAGCACAGUCCAGACAUACUUUAGUCUAGGACUAUGCAGACAGGAUCAGAUGAGUCUUUAUCGAGAAGAACUUGAGCAGCCUUUUCUUGAGGAUGCUGCCAGGUCUUACUCGACGAAGGCGAUUACGUUGCUGUCCAGAGUUACAAUAUCAGGAUACUUACGAGAGGCAGAGCUUCUGUGUGCUCAAGAGCAGAGACGCUGUGAAUCUCGGUUGCAUCGGACCACUGUCAUACAAGUUCGACAGGCUUGCUGCCGCGUCCUAGUGGAUGAGCAUGCUGAUCGGAUCUGCGAGGACGCCGAGAACUUCUUGAUUAACAACCAGAAAGAAGAUCUACACCGAAUGUUCUCCCUGUUCUCUGAGUUGGCCAAUGAGAAUGCGCUGAUAUCUUUCAAGAAUAUAUUGAAGAGGUACAUUGAGCGAAGUGGAAUGGAAGUUGUUCAAAAGUUCCAACAAGAAGAGACAACUAAGAAUCCGGAGGGAUACAUUGAAGCGCUAGUUCAGGUCCGCAAUAAGUAUUUCGAGCUGAUCAAGGACGCGUUUGGGUUCCACCCAUUAAUGCGAACAGCACUCGACCAGGCUUGUCGGACUUUUGCCAACUCGCACCCGCGACUUCCGGAAUUGCUAGCCAGGUACACGCACUACUUGAUGUCGCGUGAUAAGAAGCACGGUUGCAGUCGAACGCUACUCCUGCCUGGGUCUCCGCGAUCGGUGUUACCCCCUCUGCUGGACGAUUUGCUGGAGCAGAAAAUCGAGAAUAUCAGUGUGGUGUUCUGCCUCAUCGAUGACAAAGAUGUUUUCAAGAAAUACUACUCAAAGUUUCUGGCGAAGCGUCUCAUCAAGGGAACGUCUGCGUCGGACGACAUGGAAAUCUUGCUCAUUCAGAAGCUGCGGGACAUUUGUGGAUGCGAUUUCGUAUCAAAACUUCAGAAGAUGAUGAAGGACAAAAUGCUGAGCAAGGAAUUGAUGGAUUCGUUCACAGCAUGGCUCGAAGAAAAAGACAUCGAGCUGCGAUCUGAGCAUGUAGCCAACGCAUCUGCCAUUGAUCUUCAUCACGCUGUAACCUACCACUGCGACGUUCUCACAGCUGGAGCAUGGCCAAUAUCGAGUGUUGCCGCAGAGCACAAGAUCUUUUUGCCACCUGCCAUGGAAGCCCAUACGAACCUGUUCACACAGUUCUACACUGGACGGAGCACUGGCCGAAAACUCUUGUGGAUCCACCACCUUUCCUUUGGAAUGAUUCAGAGUCAUUGUUUUGGUAAACGCUACGAGUUCUUGCUCAGCUUCUACCAGAUGCUGGUCCUCGUACAGUUCAACACAGCGAAGGAUAUAAAUCGAUCUGACAUUGUUCAGCUAACGAAUAUUCCCGAGCAAGAUUGCACUCACCACCUGGCAAGCCUUGUCAAGGCAAAGAUUUUGACCUCAAAUGGUGAUACUGCGAAUCCUAGGUAUGAAAUCAACUUCGGGUUCUCCAGCCGGAAACUUCGUAUAUCGGCUGUACCAAACAGCCCAGUUGAAUCCCCGAAAGUGGCCAAGACCCCAACUCGCGAAGUGGAAGAAGAUCGUAAAAUGUCGUUGCAGGCCGCGAUCGUUCGCGUGCUGAAGACGCGUCGAGACAUCCGCCAGGCGCAGUUGGUGCAUGAAGUUGCGGAGAUGCUAGUCAACCAAUUCGUACCGACUACUACCGCCAUCAAGCAGAACGUUGAGAAUCUCAUCCAGAAAGAAUAUCUCCGUCGUCACGAGGAGGACAAGACGAGGUUUUUAUACGUGGCUUGAGUCUCGUAGGGAAAGUGUGAAAUACUGCAUUUAAGGAGUUCCAUUCAGCUGCUAGGAAACAAACCUAUACAAAAUGCAUAUCACUCUAGCGCACAUGCAGCGUACAGUUUC